AUGGGAAAUAAAAGGAGUUGGUUUUCCGCCAUAAGGAGGGUUUUCGCGCUGCAUUCCAAGGACAAGGCAGCCAAUUGUUCAGAGAAGAAAAACACAAAUGAAAAGUAUAAGGGGCUUGGGAAACUAAAGCAUGGAGAGACCAAUUCGUUCAUUCCGCUGUUCAGAGAACCAAGCAGCAUUGAGAAAAUUUUUGGGGAUUUUGAAAGGGAGCAACAAAGAGAAACUUUUAGGCCUCCUACACCUGAUGAGCAACCAAGGACCCCGCCUUUUGUGCCUCCUAGAGUUUCUUCUCCGAGGCUUGCCUCACCAAGGGCUCCUUCUCCACGGGCUCCUUCCCCAAGAGCUCCUUCCCCAAGAGUGCCUCCUCCAAGAGCUCCUCCUCCAAGAGAUCCAUCUCCUAGCAUCAUUCAUCAACAUAAGGAGAUUAGCUACAGACAUGAACCAACUAUAAGGAACCACCAUGCCUCAGCUACUAAAAUUCAGGCAGCCUAUAGAGGUUAUACGGCAAGAAGAAGCUUUAGAGCUCUAAAAGGUCUAGUGAGGCUUCAAGGAGUAGUAAGAGGCCAGAACGUGAAGCGUCAGACGAUGAAUGCCAUGAAAUACAUGCAACUCUUGGUACGGGUUCAGUCUCAAACUCAGUCACGUAGGAUUCAGAUGUUAGAAAACCAAGCAAGACAUCAAGUUCAAUACAAGAAUGACAGAGAAAUGGAAAGCACCUUCACUAAAUGGAACUUGAGCCAGCAAUCUGAGACGGCCAAUAACGAGGAAUGGGAUGAUAGCUUGCUAACUAAGGAGGAAGUAGAGGCAAGGUUGCAGAAAAAGGUUGAGGCAGUCAUGAAAAGAGAAGGAGCAAUGGCUUACGCAUACUCCAACCAGCUGUGGAAAGCUACUCCAAAAUCAGGUCAAACACCUAUAGCUGAUAUCCUGUCUGGACAAUUUCGGUGGUGGUGGAACUGGUUGGAACGUCAGCUCCCUCCGGUAGACCCUCCUGCAGGAACCAACGCGUUGAAAACUUUUCAGUUUACUCCUUCAAGACUAGAUUCAGAGCGAAAGCCAAGCCCCGUGCCCCAGUCAAGCAAUCAAAAGCCACAUCCUUUUCCAUUUGAUAACAAUCUUGACACACCAAAAUCGUCAAGGUCAACCAUUAAUCUCACAACAAUAAAACCAGCACGAACCCCGCCUUUGAUUAAUACGAGUAGGACUCCACAAGCAAACAGGUUUGGGAUAUCGAAGUACGCAAGAACACCUGGUGGUGGAGCUGAAUCCCCUUUUGGUUUUCCACUGAAGGAUGAUGACAGCCUCACAAGCUGCCCCCCAUUUUCAGUUCCAAACUACAUGGCUCCAACGGCGUCAGCCAAAGCGAAGGCACGAGCUAGUAGCAAUCCUAGGGAGAGAUCUGUGGGGACACCAAGUAGUGAGUCCAAGAGAAGGCUUUCCUUCCCUUUGGCACAAGGCAUUGGGUCUUUCAAGUGGAACGAAGCAUCUUUUUUCUCUAAUAACAAGGAUUCCAGCUCUGAAAGGAAUUUAGACAAGAACCAGUCUUUGCAAUCUCUAGGAAAUUCGAGCAUAGAUUCCACGGUUUCGAUGCCUGCAGGAGUUGGAAGGAAGCCAUUUAACGGAUUUGUGUGAUUCAUUUCCGUUUAUUUUUUCCAACUUUUCUUGUACUUGCCAUUCAUUGUGGUGUUGAUUUUGUUAUGAGUGGACUUGAGAGUUGCAAAACACUGAUGUAAAAUGAUAAAAAGAAAGGAAAUAAUAUGUGUGUCAUGUGCGUGUAUUAUAUAUCUGUAUAAUCAUGGUUUGGAUUAUUGGAUGUAGCAUGAUUUGAA